AUAAUACCUGACAAGUGAUGUCGCGAAUUCUAAGCCACCAUCAAAUCGUUCUGGGAACUCGUGUGUUCCAAAUUUCCAUAUUAUCAUCUGACUUGAGUGUCACCUAACAACGUACAGGAGCACCGGAUCGAUUUUAACUGAAUAAUUGCAUAAAUAAUAAAUUACAGUGUGACAUCAUCGUCGACAUCGUCACUUAGGCAAGUCUGGCGAUGCGUUAAAAAAUGAAGACGUGCUGUGGUUGAGGUUUCGAAAACUAGUCAAUCUAAAAACAUCCGCUACAUAAAUUAGAGGUUAUGCGAAUGGUUGACCAUAGCCCAUAGCUUAUCAUAAAUUUCAGAUCCUAAUUAACUUGUUGAACAAUAUAUCAAGACUGAGCUAUUUGCAUCAAAAGUGAACUAUGAUUAGUAUCAAUGGUUGUAGAUAAUCGACGCCCGUAUAAGCCACACGCGAACUGAACCCCACAUAUCGUGCGACGAGAAAAAAAAAAUUCUGACAUAUGUAUGUGUCGGUAAAUAUUCACACGGGUACACGACUGCUGUCAGAUAGGCGGUUCCUUCCUUCCAAUAUCUAAGUCCAAGUGUACUCUAAAAAGAUGCUAUGGCUGCCUCGGGAUCGCAGGACAAUGACGAGGACUUAAAUGGAGAUUCAGGAUCUGAAGCAAGUAGUAUAUUCCAGUCUGGCUCUGUUAUUUCAACUGUACCUGACAGACAUGGGUUUUUGGGAGGAACGCAAUACAGUCCAGAACCUCGCCAGAUAGUUCCCCCAGAAGUGAUUCUUCGUAGGGAAAGGAAAUGGCUGCGAAUGUUGAGCAAAUGGAAUAAUUUCAUGUCUACAAACUAUCGCAAAGUUAGAGAAAGAUGUCGCAAAGGAAUUCCACCAUCGGUAAGGCCCCGCGCAUGGCUCUACCUUUGUGGAGGAAAACUUCUAAUGGAUGAAAAUCCGCAUUUGUACGAAGAGCUAGUCUCUAGGCCAGGAGAUCCAAAGUAUAUAGAGGAUAUAAGGAAAGAUCUCCACCGGCAAUUUCCUCACCAUGAAAUGUUUGUUGAAAAUGCUCCUGGACAACAAGAAUUGUUCCAAGUUCUCAAAGCCUAUUCUAUUCUGAACAGCAAAGUUGGUUAUUGCCAGGCCCAAGCACCCAUUGCUGCUUUCCUGCUUAUGCACAUGCCAGCUGUUCAAGCUUUUUGGUGCCUUGUUGCUGUUUGUGACAAGUAUUUGGUCGGUUACUAUAGCCAAGGCAUGGAAACACUCCAGAGAGAUGGAGAUAUUCUGUUUGCACUUUUGAAGAGGGUUUCUCCUGUUGCAUACAAACACCUGAAAAAGCAGAAAAUAGAACCAAUUUUAUAUAUGACAGAAUGGUUCCUGUGCGUUUAUACGCGAACGUUACCAUGGGAGAGUAUUCUGCGAGUUUGGGACAUGUUUUUGUGCGAAGGAGUGAAGGUUGUUUUCAAAGUCGGAUUAGUCCUACUCAAGGGUUGUUUGGGUCGUGCAGCUCUCACUAAACGUUGCCCAUCAAUGUAUGAAACACUUCAAGAAUUAAGGAAUCCACCCCAUCAACUUAUGGAGGAGGAGCCCCUUGUGCAACAGGUUCACAGACUGAAUUUGAGCGAAGAAGACUUUGAAUAUGAGCAUCAAAGGCAAGUAGUUCGUAGAAAAUCAAAGGACCAAGCACCACCACCUAGCACCAUGAAUGGAAACGACUGAAACAAACAGCUAUCAAGUGAACCACUUGACUAUUCCCUUAAUUACGAUGUGCCUUCCCACAAUUAUAUCAUAAGUAUAUACAAAGCACAGAGUAGGAAGUUUAUUAAGGAUAGAUAAUUGAAUUAGAAGAUUGAAUGUUAUUAUUAUUAUUAUUAGUAGUAUUGUUAUCAUCAAUAUUAUUAUGUUAUUUCUGAUUUUAAUUUAUGUUAAAAACAAAAGGUGUCUCGUGCACAUUCCCGUAAGUAGAAGAAUUUCAUACUUAGUACCUUUGUUCAAUUUACAUUGUUAUUAUGUUUGUUAACACAAAGAAAGCACAAUAUUCUGUUAUGUUAUGAAUAAUUCAUAUCAUUUAUAAUACAAAAAGUAUUUAGUUGUAAGUGUAUCAUUACUAGUACCACACGCUCCAUCGUCAGUGUUUAUGUACAAAAAAGCAAUUGUAUCGUACUGUAUUUUCGAAUAAAACAUAUAUGAAUAUAUAUUUAACAAA